AUGAGGGGGAUCAUACUCGCACUAGCGCUCACCCUUGUAGGUAGCCAGAAGUUUGAUAUUGACCCUGGAUUCAGUAGCAGAAACAGCCACUUGUACAGCUAUGAAGGCUGGGUGUUGAAUGGGCUUCAAGAAAAAAGUUUAGCCAAAGUUGGCCUGCGCUUGAGCAGCAAACUGGAGAUCAGUGGGCUGUCGGAGAACACUUACCUCCUCAAGAUCCGCUCUCCACAGUUUGAGGAAUACAAUGGCAUCUGGCCCAGGGACCCAUUUACCCGCUCUUCUAAAAUCACCCAGAUAAUUUCUUCAUGCUUUGCCCAGCCCUUCAAGUUUGAAUACAAUAGUGGACGGGUUGGAAACAUUUAUGGCCCAGAAGACUGCCCUGAUCUGUGUAUUAACAUAGUGAGAGGAAUGCUGAAUAUGGUGCAGAUAACCAUUAAAAAGUCACAGAACGUGUAUGAGUUGCAAGAGGGUGGAAUUGGUGGUGUUUGCCAUACAAGGUAUGUUGUCCAGGAAGACAGGAAGAACAAACGAGUCUCUGUUACCAAAACUGUAGACGAAAAUAAUUGUCAGGAAAAAGUGAAGAAGAGCAUUGGAAUGGCUUACAUCUAUCCUUGUCCUGUCGACAUGAUGAAGGGAAGGCUCAUAAAAGGGACUGCAGCUUACUCCUACAAACUGAAGCAGUCAGAUAGUGGUACCCUCAUCACAGAAGUAGUGUCACAGCAGGUGUAUCAGAUCUCACCACUCAGUGAACCUACUGGUGUUGCUGUCAUGGAAGCAAGACAGCAGCUCACCUUGCUUGAAGUGAGAAGAGAAGUGGGGAGUGCUCCAGACACUCCCAUGCAGAGCUACGGAGGCCUUCGUUACCACUUCCCGUCAGUACUGCCACAGAUGCCACUGCAGCUUAUCAGGACGAAAAACCCUGAGCAACGGAUAGUAGAAACACUGCAGCACAUAGUCCUGCAUAACCAGAAAGAUUUCCACGACGAUGUUGCAUACAGAUUCUUGGAGCUCAUCCAGCUCUGCCGGGUAGCAAGUGCUGAUACUCUUGAGUCCAUCUGGAGGCAAUUUUCAGAUAAACCCCGCUACAGGCAUUGGCUGCUGACUGCAGUUUCUGCGACAGGCACCACAGAAGCACUCAAAUUCAUUAAGACCAGAAUUCGCAAUGAUGACCUUAACUAUGUUCAGACUCUUCUAAGUGUUUCGUUUGCUCUCCACUUAACGAAAGCUGAUGAACAGACAGUACCAAUAGCAGCAGAUUUAAUGACCAGUUCUCGAAUUCAGAAAAGUCCCAUGCUUCAGCAAGUUGCCUGCUUGGGAUACAGUUCUGUGGUCAACAGAUACUGUUCUCAGACCUCAGUUUGUCCUAAAGAAGCUCUUCAGCCCAUCCAUGACCUAGCAGAUGAAGCAAUCAGCAGGGGCCGUGAAGACAAAAUGAAAUUAGCUCUGAAGUGCAUUGGUAAUGUGGGAGAACCAGCCAGCAUCAAGCGCAUCCUGAAGUACCUCCCCAUAUUUUCAUCCAGUGCUUCUGAUAUCCCCAUCCACAUUCAGAUUGAUGCCAUAAUGGCCUUGAGAAAGAUAGCUUGGAAGGAACCCAAAACAGUGCAGGGAUACCUGAUUCAGAUCCUUGCAGAGCAGUCGCUGCCCCCCGAAGUGCGGAUGAUGGCCUGUGCUGUGAUCUUUGAGACGAGGCCUGCGCUCCCUUUGAUAACAACGAUAGCUAACGUGGCAAUGAAGGAGCGCAACCUGCAAGUGGCCAGUUUCGUCUAUUCCCACAUGAAGGCUUUGGCAAAGAGCAGUUUGCCAUACAUGUACAACGUAUCUUCGGCUUGUAAUAUUGCUCUCAAGCUGCUGUCACCCAAAUUGGACAGACUGAACUUUCGGUAUAGCAAGGUCAUGAGCUUCGGUGAUUACCUUGAUAACUAUAAAGUUGGUGUUGCUGGAGACAUCUUUGUUAUGAACAGCCCAGGAACGAUGUUCCCAUCAGCAAUAAUUUCCAAGCUGAUGGCAUAUUCUGCAGGGUCAGUGGCGGAUUUGGUGGAGGUUGGUGUUCGCGUGGAAGGCCUCACAGACAUCAUCAUGAAAAGAAAUAUCCCAUUUGCUGAAUAUCCUACAUACAAAAAGAUUAAGGAGAUUGGAAAAGCUCUGCUGGGAUGGAAGGAGCUGCCAACAGAAACUCCCUUGAUAUCAACCUACUUUAAACUAUUUGGCCAAGAGUUUGCCAACAUCAAUAUCAACAAAGAAGUCCUGCAUCAGGUUAUAAAGACUGUGCUAGAACCUGCUGACAGGAACACGGUGAUGAAGAGAAUCGCCAGCCAAAUCCGCAAUGGCAUUGCAGGGCAGUGGACGCAGCCCCUGUGGGUGGGAGAGCUGCGCUACAUCCUCCCGACCUGCACGGGCCUGCCGCUGGAGUACGGGUGGUACGCCACUGCCCUGGCGCGCACAGCGCUCAGCGUUGAUGGAAAGAUGACGCCCCCUUUAACUGGAGAUUUUAGACCUUCCCAGUUGCUUGAAUCUACCAUGCAGAUUCGGUCUGACAUAAACCCAAGCUUGUACAUACAUACAGUUGCAACAAUGGGUGUCAACACAGAAUACUUUCAACAUGCUGUUGAAAUUCAAGGCAAGGUCCUGACAAGAGUGCCAAUGAAGUUCGAUGCCAAGAUAGACAUGAAACUCAAAAACAUUAAGAUUGAAACAAAUCCAUGCCGUGAGGAAACUGAGAUAAUGGUUGGGAGACAUAAGGCUUUUGCUGUAUCAAGAAAUAUAGGAGAACUAGGUGUUGAAAAGAGGACCUCAAUUCUCCCAGGAGAUGCGUCAUCAGAUAUUGUUGAAGAACCUUUCAAACCAUCAGAGAGAGCUUCCAGUGAAGGUUUCACAAUGCAGGGAGCUGACAGCGGGCUAGGGAAACAUGCCUAUACUUCUCAAGAGGAUUUUCACCAUGGCACAGGAAGAAAAACUCAUAAACGAGACAUUUGUGUCAAACUGCAUCAUCUUGGUUGUCAGCUCUGCUUUUCCAGAAAGUCACGAGAUGCCAGCAUCCUAAAAAAUACAUAUUUGCACAGAUUAAUUGGAGAACAUGAAGCUAAAAUAGUCUUGAUGCCAGUUCAAACAGAUGCUGAUAUUGACAAAAUUCAGCUGGAGAUUCAGGCAGGAUCCAGAGCAGCUUCCAAGAUAAUUCAUGUUGUAGAUUCAGAGUCUGAGGAAGAGGAUGAGUCACCUCCCUAUGAGGACAUUCAAGCUAAACUGAAGAAGAUUCUAGGCAUUGAAAAUGUGUUCAAGGUUGCAAAUAAAACACGUCACCAGAAGAAGCAACCUUCUAAGAAAGGAAAUACCAUGCUAACAGAGCUUGGGACAGACCCCAGUGCAAAAAAUCCCUCCAGCUCAUCUUCCGCCUCUUCAACUAUUUCAUCUUCUUCCUCAUCAUCUGCUGCUUCUCCUGAUCGAAAAAAGGCUGUGGAUGAAGACAAGAAUGAUCAAGUAAAGCAAGCAAGAAAUAAAGAUGCAAGCAGCAAGGGCAGCAGCAGUAGUAGCAGUAGUGGCAGAAGUAGCAAGAGCAGCAGCAGCAAGAGCAGUAGUGGCAGAAGUAGUAAAAGCAGUGGCAGCAGCAGUAGUAGCAGCAGCAAGAGCAGUNNNAGCAGCAGCAGCAGCAGCAGCAAGUCAUCGAGUCACCAUAGCCAUGGGCAUCACUCAAGGUAUCUGAAUGGCAGCAGUAGCAGCAGCAGUAGCAGCAGCAAGUCAUCGAGUCACCAUAGCCACGGACAUCGUUCGGGACAUCUGGAAAGUGACAGCAGCAGCAGCAGUGCAUAUUCCAAAAUAUGGGGAGAUCACGAGAUUUAUAAGUAUCGCUUUAAAUCAGCACAUAGACAAGAGUUCCCAAGAAGGAAAAUCCCAGAUGACCAACUUAGCAGCACAUACUCCUCUACCAGAUCCAGUCACGCCUCAUCUCGAGCUGCUUCCUGGACUAAGUUUUUGGGAGAUGUUAAAACACCAGUAUUAGCUGUUUUUCUUCAUGGCGUUCGUGACGAGAAGAAGACAGGAGGCUUCCAGCUUGUGGUAUAUGCUGAUAUUGACUCCAUCAGGCCCCGGAUGCAGGUAUUUGUGUCAAACCUCACAGAUUCAAGCAAAUGGAAGCUCUGUGCUGAUGCUUCAGUCCUCAAUGCUCACAAAGCAGUGGCUUACCUGAAAUGGGGCUGGAAUUGCCAGGACUACAAGAUUUCGACUGAGCUGGUAACUGGACGGUUUGCUGCCCACCCUGCUGUACAAGUGAAACUGGAGUGGCCUAAAGUUCCUUCAAGUGUCAGAUCCAUAGCAGAAUGGUUUUACAAGUUUGUCCCUGGGGCUGCAUUUAUGCUGGGGUUCUCUGAAAAAAUGGAGAGGAAUCCUUCUCGACAAGCCAGGGUGAUCGUGGCUCUAACUUCUCCGAGGACAUGUGAUGUUGUUAUCAAGCUUCCUGAUAUGAUCCUCUAUGAAAAAGCCAUGAGGCUUCCACUGUCACUCCCUGUAGGUCCGAGGAUACCAGCUUCAGAGCUGCAGCCUCCCAUCUGGAAUGUGUUUGCUGAAGGCCCCUCUGCAGUAUACAACAGUUUGAAAGCUUGCUGCUCAGUUUCCCACAACAAGUUCAAAACCUUUAAUGAAGUUCAGUUUAACUACACAAUGCCAGCAAACUGCUACCACAUCUUGGCUCAGGACUGCAGCUCUGACCUUAAGUUCCUGGUGAUGAUGAGGAAGGCUGAAGAAGCUGUGAACCUGAAAGCAAUCAACAUCAAGCUUGGCACUCAUGAGAUUGAUAUGCACCCUCAGAAUGGAAAGGUGAAGCUGCUGGUGGAUGGGGUUGAAAGCCCCACAACGAAUGUUUCAUUCGUAUCUGCUGGUGCUUCUCUGUGGAUCUAUAGUGAAAAGCAAGGACUUGUACUUCUUGCCCCGGCCUAUGGCAUUGAUGAAUUGUACUUUGAUGGAUACACAUUCAGGAUUCAAGUUGCUUUAUGGAUGGCAGGGAAAAUGUGUGGAAUGUGUGGAAAAUAUGAUGCAGAAUGUGAGCAGGAAUACCGGAUGCCUAAUGGAUACCUAGCUAAAGAUGCAGUGAGCUUCGGGCAUUCUUGGAUUUUGGAAGAAAAGCCUUGUAGAGGAGGCUGCAAACUGCGACGCUCAUUUGUGAAGCUGGAGAAGACAGUUCAGCUGGCUGGUGUGGAGUCCAAGUGCUAUUCCACAGAGCCUGUCAUGCGCUGCAUGAAAGGAUGCUCUGCUACCAGCACUACUCCAGUCACUGUGGGUUUCCACUGUCUCCCAGCUGAUUCAGCUACCAGCCUGACAGACAAACAGACAAAGUUUGACCAAAAGUCAGAGGACAUGCAGGACACUGUUGAUGCACACACAGCAUGUUCUUGUGAGAAUGAAGACUGCAGUGCAUGA